AUGCUUCCUUUGGGGCUAUCUGGUCAGGAUACUGAGGACUUGUUGAGCCUCCUGAACGACAUGGGAAUCCUGGUGUGGCUGGAAGAGGAAGAGCAGACUUUGCGCGAUGAAGAGCAGUCUCUCCGACAUUUGGUCAUGCUCAACCCGAAGAAGCUUGCGGUGGCAAUGGCGCGAUUGAUGACAGUCUGCUUUGGCGCAGAGAACUUUGAGCAUGGUGACGACAUCAAGAAGUCAGUGGAGGAUGUUUGCACAAGCGCUGGCCCUCAAGAUGUUCGCCGUUUUCGCUCAACUGGAGUUGCAACCAAGGAUUUGAUCGAGAGAGUCUGGGAGAAGGAGUUUGAAGAUCAGGAUCGUCGGCAGUUCAUCUUGGAGGUAUUGCUUAGAAGGAACCUCAUUUGCCCACGACUUGUCCAGGGAGAGUUUGUGGUUCCCAGCUGCCUACCAGUAGCGCACUGUGCAGAAGAGAGGUUUACAGAGACAGAUGCAGCUUUAUACCUUGAUCUUGGUGGAUUGUUGUCACCAAACUUUUUUCCAGAUUUGUCACGUCAAAUAUAUUCGGUCGAGAAAGGAUCCGAAACUCUCACGCCCGGGCCACCUCAAGUUUUUCGCAACCUUGGUGAUCUACAUUCCAAUGAUUGCUCGGUGUUUACAUCUUUGUUUCCUGGCAGUGCCCGCGAUAGCAGCAAGAGUUUGCUGCGAAUCCUUGUCAAAGGAGACAGCAAAGACACGAACAUGAGAGUAGCUCAAGAAGUGAAGAAGCUCUUGUUAGAGGACGUCAUGGGAUUCCAGCCAGGCUUUGAGGCAGAGCAGGAUCCCAUCGUGUUUUUUAGCUUGCAAAACGUCGGGGGAAGCCAGAUGUCUUUUGAAGAUUUUUACAGGUGCACACCCUGCUUGGAUUCGAGAUGUGCCCAGACUUGUUUGCAGUGCAUGUUGUGGGGCUUGCUGCAAGAGCGAUCUCGGUGUGACUUGAGUGAGCAUCUUCAUGGCAUUGUAAAACAUGCAGCCUUCCAACGUCACACCCGCCCUUCUGGCAGCUUUCGCUUCAGCGCGAUGAGCUAUCCAGGGGACGUGGAUCUGGAGGAAUACUUGGUCGUGACUGCCUCCAAGCCAGCUGAAGCUUUCAAAGAAUUGGCCAGACUGGUCAAGGCCAAGGUGGGAGGUUUGAGCAAAGGAGGAUCUCAAAUCUUCUUCAAGGGUCUCAAAGCUGGUUCCAAGAGCCAAAACAAAGAUGAAAGCAAGAAGGAGUGGCUCACUUGGUCUCAGGAAGAGAUACAGAAUGGUACCAAGGAUGGGAUCGAACUGGAGGAGGCCUUAGAACAAGGGCACGAGAGCUGGACAGCAAAGAUGGACCUUUUCGCCAAGGUGCGCUUGUUCGAAGAUGCGCAACCGGAACGCUUUUUUGAGAUUACGAAUGUCUUGAGAGUCGGAUACUUGAAGGAAGGGCAGAUUCAAACCAUCACCAAGGAGAAGGAUUUUCUGCACGUAGUCGAGAUUUGCUUGGUAAAGUAUUCCGGUGAAGAACCCAACGUCUUGAAGUACAUCAAACGGCUUUGGGAGAGAAGUGCCUACCUGGCACAACGUGGCUUUGAUCUGGCUUGGCACGUGACCAUCCUGAAAUCGUUGAAGCCCUUGCUCUGCCACUGGGCUGCAGAGCUCUGUCAGAUGGCCGCCCAUGUUGAGACGCUGACGAAGAUGUUGAAGUGUUCCGACCUAGAAGUGCUCGAACAUGCGCGUUCGGACCUGCCGAUCCUGCGUCAAAGCCUAAAGGACAUGGAGACCAGGCUGAAGAAGGUCCAAGAGAAAGAGAAGAGGGCUGCCCAGGAUGGGCUCGAAAGUAUUCAGGAAGCUCUCAAAUAUAUCGCUGAAGAUGCUUCUGCAGAUGAAAAAAGGCUUUGCAAAGCGCAGCUCUUGUUGGAAAGUUGCGUCGAGACGGUGCUCAUCAGCGAGCUGGGUUCCUUCGAAUCCCCAGUCGCCAAACGAUUGGGCGGUCGGUGGGAGUUUCCUUCGGACCACCCUCCGAUAGCGGCCAAUCUCAGUCUGAGGAAGCACUCCAUCAAGGUGGUUUCUUGGAACGUCUUGAAUCGCCACUACUACAAGUAUAUCGAUCUUGACACCCAAGGUUUGAAGGACUCCCUCAUAACAAGGUUGCAUCAGGAAGGAUCAAGGGAGGUGGAGAUCGUCAGGAGAAUUAGAGAGAUGAUGGGGAAGGACUUCAGAAUUGUGUGCCUCCAGGAAUGCUGGCCAGAGCUGCUCAUAGAUCUUCAGAAAGACUUGGACCAGGGCCCAACUCCGAAGUUUCAUAUGGCUUGCACUGGGCAAUCAACGGACAAGAACCAAGAGGUCAUCAUCUACCAUGAAGAGCUGAAGUUGCUCAACAUGAAGCAUCAUGCCUACAAAAGCAACCCCAAGAAGGUAGUGACGGAGGCCCUCUUUGCGCUUGAUGGGACGGUGACACUUCGUGCCGUGACAACGCAUGUGCCUGGUGAUCCCUUUGGACCUGCUCGCAGGGAAUUUGCGGACUGCCUGGUCUCGAUCGUCUACGGCGAAGAGCUUCCGACGGUGCUGUUGGCCGAUCUCAACUUUCCAGAAAAGGCGGUGCAGCCACUUCUGCUUGACCGUGGGCUUGAGGAUGUAUACUUCGUGCCCAUCCCUUAUCCCACAAAUAUUUGUCAGGGAUCCUUGCUGCCCAAGAGGAUCGACAGCAUUGCAGUCAUCAACCACAAGGUUCAGCCGGAGAAGCAGCUGAAGGCCACAAAGAUUGAGCCUGAAGAGCUGCUCGAAGGCCUUGAGCAAGUCGUGAAGCUUCUCAAGUCCAGGUCUGCUGAGCCACUGACGCCUGUCCGAUAUCAAUCAGACAAGGUAGCACUGGUGCCCAGGCCACCCACGAUAUCCUCCAUCCAGCAUACCUCCCGCGGCGGGUUUGUGCGCCGCUGUACAGGAGCCAGAGGUGUCCUUUGGCGCUGA